UGGCGCGGAGCUGCCUGACAUCACACGCCGGGGAUGGGGGCGCGACCACCCAGCCCCUGCCCCUGCCCCGGCUGCCUUCAAAAGCGGCGGAGGCGGCUGCCGGCUCGUCCCGCAGCCCGGGCAGGCGCAGGGGCCGGCGGGCUCCGGGCGAGACUUGUUGGGGAAACUUCUUGCGCCCCGGGGAGCGCAGCCGGCCAGGGAGCGCGCAGCCUGGGGGCUCCCCCGCGGAGGCGCCCGGGCCCCGAUGGGGGCGUCUGAGCGCCGGGAGCCGAGCCUGCCACCGAGCCCCGAGCGCGGGGCAAGCGGGGCGCUCCCCACCCCUCCUGGAUCUGCUCUUUAGAAGCCCCCCCCUCCCUGCCCCCCGGCAGCCUCAUUUGCGGGAGGGGGGCGCCCAAGCCAUGGACAGCCCAGAGGGUUACUCGGUCCAAGCCACCGCGGCCAUCGCCGCCAUCAUCACCUUCCUCAUCCUCUUCACCAUCUUCGGCAACGUGCUGGUGAUCAUCGCUGUGCUCACAAGCCGGUCCCUCCGAGCCCCCCAGAACCUCUUCCUGGUGUCCCUGGCGGCGGCCGACAUCCUGGUGGCCACCCUCAUCAUCCCCUUUUCCCUGGCCAACGAGCUGAUGGGCUACUGGCACUUCCGGAAGACCUGGUGCGAGAUCUACCUCGCCUUGGACGUUCUCUUCUGCACCUCCUCCAUCGUGCACCUUUGCGCCAUCAGCCUGGACCGGUACUGGUCCGUCAGCCAGGCCAUCGAGUACAACUCCAAGAGGACCCCCAGGAGGAUCAAGUGCAUCAUCCUUAUCGUGUGGAUGAUCGCAGCCUUCAUCUCCCUGCCCCCCCUCAUCUACAAGGGGAACAAGAAGGACAGCCAGGCCGGCAGGCCGCAGUGCAAACUCAACGAGGAGGCAUGGUACAUUCUCUCCUCCAGCAUUGGCUCCUUCUUCGCCCCCUGCAUCAUCAUGAUCCUGGUCUACCUGCGGAUUUACCUUAUAGCCAAGCACCGGACCCAGCAAGGCUCCAGGGGCAAGAAGCCCAAGGCCAAGGAGAAGGGGACAUCUAGGAAAAUCACCAGCCCGACCUCUGAGACCUCUCCUCAGCAACUGGGUGCAAGGGAACCCAAUGGACAUCAGGAGCCCAUUGAGGAUAAUGACCAGCCAGUGACCCCUACGCUCCCUGCCCACAGGACAUCUCUCCUGAGCCUGGAGGAGCAGCCGCUGCCACUUGCCACUAGCCCUUGCCAGCUGCAACCAGAGAAGAAAGUGCCUUCUGGCUCCAGCCCGCUGGAGCACUCCCUGCACUGCAGCCUCAAGCAGCGCAAUGGGCACCCCCAGAACUCUGCCAAGGGCAUGGAGACCCUGGCCACUGCCAAGGGGGAGGUGGUGCUGGUGAGGAGGGUGAAGACCCUGAGUGCCAACCCUUGGAAGAGGAGGACCCACCUCAACCGGGAGAAGAGGUUCACCUUCGUCCUCGCCGUGGUAAUCGGGGUCUUUGUCCUCUGCUGGUUCCCUUUCUUCUUUCUCUAUAGCCUGGGGGCCGUCUGCCCAGAACUCUGCAAGGUCCCCAACAGCGUGUUCCAGUUCUUCUUCUGGAUUGGCUACUGCAACAGCUCCUUGAACCCUGUGAUCUACACCAUCUUUAACCAGGACUUCCGCAAGGCCUUCCGCAAGAUCCUCUGCAGGCAGGGGACUCAGACUGCCUGGUGAGAAAGCAGAGGGGAAGUGGGAGACUGUAGGUUGAGGUGUGGGGGUCAGGGGGGUGGAAUAGUACCAACAUUCCACUGACGCUAUUUAAAACACGUCUAUUUAUUCAUCCGCUUUUGUGUUUGCAAAAAGUGGGGAUGGGCAGUGGAUACAAAAGUGCAUUUUAAAGACUGUUUUGGAUCAGCCUUUUUAUAUCUCUCUCUCUGUAUAUUUCCUGCAAAUGAGUUAAAAUCCAGGACCAUUUGCCAAUGUAUUUUCUACCGAGCUGGGGAUCCUUUAAUGUGCAUGCCAUUCAUAUGGGUGGGAGGAGAAAAGCUCUCUUUCCACCAACUCUGCAGAGGAAAGUGUGUAUGACCUGCCUUCCAGGUAACCACAAGAGAGUCUCCCGCCAGUCUCUCUUCCUUCUUUCUGUCACUGAUGGGAGGUUGGUGUGGUGAGGCUCA